AUGAGCCAGCUUCUUCUGAUUUUCCUUUUCUUAGGAAUUCUUAACUGUGAUGCACAAUAUUUCAAUAACAACCCAUAUGAUUACCUUGAACUAGCCUUAAGGUGGCCAAACACUUAUUGCUUGACACACGAUGGUGGCUGCAGGGAAAUAGUUCCCCAAUAUUUCACUAUUAGCUACCUUCGUCCAAGGAAAAGAGGAGGACCUGAUAUGCAAUAUUGUCCCUCUCCAUUUACUAUGCCAAACAGCACUAUGGAGGUAAACAAAAAUGAUCUGCUAAAAUUUUGGCCUGAUCUUAGAACUGAUAACUUCAUAGAGAGCAAGUCAUUGUGGAAGGACCAAUGGAGAAAGUUUGCGUCAUGCUAUAAUAUGCUGCCAAAUGAUUAUAUUGUUUAUGCACUCAACAGUAGAAAGAGAAAUGAUCUUAAGAAAAUCUUGACAAGUGCAGGUAUUGUUGCGAGUGGAAAUCCAUAUCCAACACGAAGGAUACUACAAGCUUUCAGGAAAGCUUUAGGGGUUAAUGUGGACAUAAUUUGUGAGCCAGAUAGAAGUGGCAAUGUUUAUCUUGCUGAGGUUCAUCAGUGUGUUGAUGUUUCUGGAACAACGCCUAUAGACUGUGACAACAAAGCAAGAGGAUGUGAUGAUGACCCCAUUUUCCCUUAUAUGGGAUUCCAACCAGACAAAGAUCCCAAUUAA